GUGGCGAGACUUAUCUGACAGUAGUCGAGCGACGACCGUCAUUGGAAAUAGUCCCGUUCGUUUCUUCAAUAACAACACAUCGUUAAGUCGUUCCUUGCUUCUGUCCCAUUUAAGUGAACGUUCGAGAGAGGGAUCGACAACCUAACGCCUAAUGUCAAAGCAUACUAAUUGUACGGCCGAUUGUCGGCCGGGCUAUCCCAGUCCUAAAAUGGCGAUGCUGGAUGGGCCGCGUGAAAAAAUUAUGUACGUCGUUUGCAUACAUACGGAUCCCGAUAAGCCUGAUGUCCUUUCAACGGUCGAUGUAGAUCCUAAAAGUCCUACGUAUUGUAAAAUAAUACACAAACUUAGAAUGUUACACGUCGGGGACGAACUCCAUCAUUCCGGUUGGAACAUAUGCAGCAGUUGUCACGAAUUACCGCGCGCGCGCGAUGUAUUGGUAUUACCAUGUCUUAUGUCGGAUAGGAUUUACUUCGUUGAUACGAGUAACGAGACGUCACCAAAAAUAAAGAAGGUCCUGGAGCCGAAGGAUAUGCAUGAAUUUGGCUUAUCGACGCCGCACACCUCGCAUUGCGCACCGACAGGCGAAAUAAUCAUCUCUACGAUGGGUAAACCUAAUGGCGACGGACAGGGAGAAUUUCUUUGUAUAGAUAGCGAAACGUUAGAAACGAAAGGCUCGUGGAUUAAAGACGGAAAUAAAGCAGCAUUCGGUUACGAUUUCUGGUAUCAGCCCUAUCACGAUACGCUCAUAGCUACCGAAUGGGGCACGCCAAGGAUUUUUAAGAAGGGUUACGCUCCCGAUCACGUUACCGAUACAACUAUUUAUGGUAGAAAUCUAAAUAUUUACUCUUGGUCCGAACGAGCAUUAAAACAAAUCAUUUGUCUUGGUGACGACGGCAUUGCACCGCUCGAAAUAAGAUUUCUUCACGAUCCAAAGGCAGCGGAGGGCUACGUUGGAUGUGCUGUCACCUCGAAAGUCUAUAGAUUUUACAAGACGAGCAAGGGCGAUUGGGAUGCCGAGAAAGUGAUCGAGGUACCUCGGAAAAAAGUUGAAGGAUGGAUUGAGCCUUAUAUGUCUGGAAUGAUCACGGACAUACUGAUAAGCUUAGAUGACAAAUAUUUGUAUUUUUCCAACUGGUUGCACGGCGAUGUCAGGCAAUACGACAUAACCGAUCGUCGAAAUCCAAAAUUAACUGGACAAGUCUUCCUCGGUGGAUCCAUAUUAAAAGAUUCGAAAAUUCGUGUCUUAGAAGAAUCGGCCGAAUCGGAGAGUCGACCGGAUCCCGUAUAUGUGAAAGGACGUAGAUUAUACGGUGGACCGCAAAUGUUGCAGCUCAGUCUCGACGGACGUCGACUUUAUGUAACGACGUCCAUUUUCAAGCCCUGGGAUAAACAAUUCUAUCCCGAACUCAUUGAGCAUGGAUCGACGAUGGUCAAACUUGAUGUCAACAUUGAAAAUGGAGGCAUGACGUUGGAUGAAGAAUUUUUGGUUGACUUUGGAUUGGAUAAAGAUGAUAUUUUAUUGGCUCAUGAAAUGAGAUACCCCGGCGGCGAUUGCACAUCCGACAUAUGGUUACCGGAAAAACAAUGAUGAUAUACGUUUAUUAUAUGCAGAAAAAAGAAUAAUAUUUUUUAUGCUUAUAGGCAUUUGCCGUAAAUA